UUGAAUACACUUUGAAGACAUAGGUAUAGAGAGUUAUAACAUCAAAUGGAAGUUAAGCACAAAGAGUGUUCAUCAAAGACGGAAGAAGAUGGGCAAGCCAUCGUCCAAAUGUGGAGAUACAUAUUCAGAUUCACUGAAAUGGCAGCAAUAAAAUGUGUAAUAGACCUCAAAAUUGCUGACAUUAUAGAAAGUUAUGGAAGCCCAAUGACAUUGUCACACUUAUCCUCUGCUUUAAAUUGCUCUUCUUCAAUCCUUCACCGCAUCUUGAGAUUCCUCAUUCAUCGUGGAAUUUUCAAAGAAGAAACCAUUGGUGAAAACCAGACAGCUUAUUCACAAACACCUUUGUCUCGUUUGCUAGCCACCAAUGUUGAGAGCACCAUGGCUCCUUUGCUUUUACUGGAAACAAGUCCAGUGAUGCUUGCAGCAUGGCCUAACUUGAGUGCUCACUUAAAGAACAGUGAGACUUUUCCAUUUGAGAUUGCUCAUGGAAAGGAUUUGUGGAGCUAUGCUGAAGCAAAUCCUGAACAUAAUGUGUUGUUCAAUGAGGCCAUGGCUUGUUAUGCUAAGGUGAUUGCUUUUGCUAUACUUGAAGGGUGUGGGGAUAUUUUUGAUGGAGUUGGAUGUUUGGUGGAUGUUGGAGGAGGAAAUGGAAGUACUUUGAGCAUUUUGGUGAAUGCUUGUCCAUGGAUGAAAGGUAUUAACUUUGAUCUUCCUCAUGUUGUGUGUGCUUCCCCACAAUAUGAGAAUGUGCAGCAUGUUGCUGGUAACAUGUUUGAUUUUGUCCCAAAAGCUGAUGUUGCUUUCCUCAAGGUCCUUCCCACCAAGCUCAAAUUCUCAAAAAAUUCCCUCAAAUUGACUCUCAUUUUGCAUCUCACAAUCCAAUUUAAGGGCCUAAAGAAUAUUAGGAAAGACCAAGUAGUGGUCUAGAAGGAAUUACUGUGAAGAUUGAAGCGAAAUUCGAGGAUUGAAGGAGUUCUUCAAAGGUAUAUUAUCAACCCUAUUUUAAAUUUAUAAACAUGCUGGUUUAGUUGCUAAGGUUGAUGAAUUAGAGUGCUUAAUGAUUCUUAUUACUUUUGCAAAUUACAUGCUAACUCCAACAUUGUAGCAUUUUUUCAAAGCUAUCGUUGGUCUUUUUUUCUCUGUAGUGUAAGGGGAGCAUUUGGUUUGUCGCCUUCACAAAUCAAUAUAUGGCCUCAAGCUGACCUCAAGCAUGCUUCAAGAUAAUGGUUUGAUAACUUCUCUCAUUCAUUGUUAGCCAUUGGGUUCACUCAGCCUAUGGCUGAUUACUCUCUCUUUGUGAAAGGAACUAGUGAAAACUUUGUUGCCCUCUUAUUAUAAGUAGAUGACAUAGUACUUGCAAGUGUCUCUUCAUCCAUUAUCAAUUAUUUAAAAUAGCAACUGCACAUUUCUUUUAAACUAAAAGAUUUCUGUUCUCUUUGUUAUUUCUUGGGCCUGGAGCUUGCUAGAUUUUCGAAAGAGAUUUUUCUCUCUCAACGAAAUUAUACCUUAAAUUUUCUUAAAGAAAGAGGUUAUCUAGCAUCAAAACCUGCAUCAUUGCCUAUGGACCCAAAUCUGAAAUUGUCUGCUUUGGAUGGUGAGUUUCUCACAAACCCAUUUGUCUAUAGGUGCUUAAUUGGGAGAUUACUGUAUCUUACAGUCUCAAGGCCUGACAUACAUUUUCUGUUCAUACAUUGAGCCAAUUUGUUGUUCAACCUCGCAAAGCUCAUGUUGCUCUUGCUCACAGUUUGCUUCGAUAUUGAAGAGUUUUCCUGACAGAGGACUUUUUCUUCAGGCUUCAUCUUCUUUCCAGUUGCGUGCAUUUGCUGAUGCUGAUAGAGCAUCGUGUGUUGAUUCACAAAAGUUUACCACUGGCUUUUGAAUUUUUCUUGGUGAGACCUUAGUGUCUUGGAAAGCGAAGAAGCAUACCACGAUUUCACAUUCUUCAGCUGAACUAGAGUAUUGGGCACUUGCUAUUCCAGCUAUUGAACUUGUUUGGAUAUCUUAGUUGCUGAUUGAUUUUCAAAUUACUGUUGAGCUUCCUUCGCUGAUCUUUUGUGAUAAUAAGGUUGUUGUGCAUAUUGCUAGAAAUCCUAUGUUUCAUGAAAGAACGAAGCAUAUUGAAUUGGAUUGUCAUUUUCUUCGUGACAAGGUUGUUUGUGGGGAUAUCAAACUCAUGCCUAUUCUUUCUCAAUUGCAACUUGCUAAUAUUUUUACCAAGUCGUUGCCUAGCUCUUCUUUUCUUCCUUUUUUAUCUAAGAUUUGUGUUAUCAAUAUU